UUGGUGUGGUCGCUGGCCUGCUGAUUCUGGCCUGCGCCGCCUGCAUUGCCUUUUACAUGUACAACCGCCGGAGCGACUGGUUGCCUCUCCUCCUAGGACGCCGUGCAUCCAAGGAAGACGACGCAUGGUCCAAUCCUCUCAGUCAAAGGCAGUCUAGCAAUGCUUUUCUCUCGUACCAGGACGACGCCAGGACACCAAACCUGUCGCGCAUCUCCACAAUGAUCAAGGCCGACAAAAAGAAAGAAUGCGGCUCUGGAGCACGGAGACGUGGAGAAGGCUGGCACGGUGCACGGCUUUGCCAAUCCUGACUGCAUGGCCGAGGAGAGCGCGGGCCCCAAGGUCUCCCAUCACCGCCGCGGACCUCGCAAAGGCUAUCGCUCGACCCAGGGCGCGUACAGUCGUCUCGGCGCCAGCGACGAUGCCGACACUUCGAUGACGGAGAGCGGUGCCGACUCCACCAGUACGCCAGAGGACAGCUACGCGAAACCCAGUCAGAAAAACCGGAAAAUAGCUCACGAACGUCAGCUCCCCAGUGGAGCGGCGGACCCUACCUCCGCCGCCGCCGGGCAAGAUUCCAACGAUGCGGCCAGCAAUGUGAACAACGACGAGGCCGAUGGCGUGUCGGCCCAGUACAGUAGCGUUGAUAGCUCGAAGAAGAAAGCACAGAGAGAUGAGCGCCAAUCCACACCACCAGCUCAUGACGUCGCCGCCACCUCCGAAACCAUGGCAACCGACAGUCGCGACAACGGGGUUUCUGCCUCUGCUUCGAUCUCAAAUAUAACUGCUGAUGAUUUGAAGAAAAGCGCAUUCGAGGGAUGCCAAACUGAUUUCGAGCAAUCGGCAUGGACAGAGAGCAUAGAAGACGAUGAUGCGGCAGCCCCACGGUUCAACGAAGACAAGGAGAGACUGUUCAAGGAUCGCUCCGCUGUCAAGCUCGCACACGGCCGCUUCAGUCGCAGAGGAGUGCGACGCUCGGCAGGUCGCAAGCUUCGCGGCGGUGGCGGCGGCUGUGAGGAUAGCGUCGACGUACACCACGAAGUAAACGAGGACACUGAAGAGGGGCUGUCCGCCCAGGGCAGUCCUGCACAUUCCACUCGCUCCUCUCGUCGCAAACGAGUGCCAAGCAACAGCGCAAACAGCUGCGAUAGCCGACGUGCUUCGAAUGAUGACGGCAGCGCGAACACGACGCUCCGAAAGGUGCAGGGUCGCUACUUGUUCAGCACACCCAGUGGCCAUGCUGUGCCGCUCAGCGCGUUCAAAGUCAACGUGGACAACGACGAUCUCCUGCACUGCGACGUAGUCGUCAACAGCAACGGGACAUUCUUCUUGCAGGACCGUCGCUCCGCGCGCGUCAUGGCCACGGUCGACAAGAAGAGAGUUGAGGAGGCGUGCUGGCUGGAGCAGCACCUGCUCCGACGACUGGUGAACGAAUCGCCGGCGGUCACGCGCAAGGACCUGACGCGUCCCGUGCUCACACACUCAUGUCGUGUAUUCACCGAGCCCGGGGGUGGACUGGCCUUUGAGAACAUACACGGCGCGGUCGUCUCGCUGAAUGUCUUCGGCCAGUUCAGGUUUGACGAGACGCAAGACUACACAGUCGCCCUCGAUGCCACCAACUGCUACACGCUGGUGGAAAAGGCAACCCUGACGCCGGUCGCGCAGAGUCACAUCUACGAGAACUUGGCCAAGUCCUGCGCGCAGCUGAUCGUCAAGCGCCAGCUUCUCCUGCGAGGCUUCAACGGCGAGCUGGGGUUCGCCGACGCCAGCGGCAAUCUGGUGCCGUUGUCCAUAUUUGGCGUGGAGGAAUGCAACGACAUGGGCGCCCUGUUGUCGGUGGACACCACAGAGCCGGGCCGGCUCGGCCUGUUCGUCAGCAUUGCGUCGUCGCCACAGGCAACCGUUGGCACAAACACGGUGACGGAGUAUCUGCUGAAGCGCAAGCACAUGCUGCGGGACGAAGACCGCGACGAUUUUCUGAUCGUUACCGAUGACGACGACCUGAAGCCGCUGUACAAGUUUGGAGACCUCAAUGAGUAUGUGUUCGACUCGGUUAACGGAAGCCAGGUUUGCGCCGGAGUGUUUGAGUAUGAUGUGAAGGACGGUAACUGGGAGUCCCACGUCGUCACGGAAACGUCGUACGGCAUGACGGCGCUGCUGUGCAAGCGGACGUCGAGAGUGGUUGCGACCGUGGUGCUGGGCGAGGUCGUGGAGCUGGGCCCGUCCACGGUGGUGCACUUUGACGGCGCGGACAUCCUCGAAGCCGGAAGCUCAGCGGCACACGCCAAACCCGACGCUAGCAAGCUUCCCUUCUAAUUCUAGUCUGUGUGAAAUCGAGAAAACUCAGCUGCCCUGGGCCCGUCCAACAACGUGAUGCCCGCUGUUCUCGAUGCACACAUGGCACUAAGAAUGGGAACUUUUAUGUACACAAUGGCUCAUAGCGUCAUGUCCUAUCUAGAUGAUCUAUGUAGUGGAGUAUUUUCACUCCUUUGUAUCUGCAAUGCUCGAUUGGUGCUCCUCUCAGUCUGUGUUUUCCUAUAAUGGCUGCCGGCUGCUUCAUCACCUAUCUCUUGAGUGCAUUCCAUGACUGCUCUUGCUUUAUCGAUUUCUUUGCAAAUUUCUCCAGCAGUGGUUUUAUAUUCACUGCCUUGUUGCUCUCAUCAUCUCCUUCUUACAAUCACCUCUACCUCUGGGUGCAUAGUCUACUCUGAGAUUCAACCUCGCGCACUUACAGUAUUUUACAGUGAAGCCGGCAUUCAUGCCCCACAUAAGACAGUAUAGUCCCCACCAAUUGAGGAGUCGCGUUAUAGCGUCCUACUCUCUCUUUCAUCUGCGUAGCGGGGACUCGAUGCACAAGGCUUGUGCUUUUUUGUUUCAUCUUCACUUCUGUCUCCGGGAUUGCUGGCGGUAAGACGCGGA